CUCAUCCCCACUUGUAUUUUUAAAAAUUUGCUUAUGUUUGAUUUUUUUUAGUCUGCUGUACCGGUAUGUAAGUUUCAAGAGGGGUCAUUUUAUGCUGUCAUUCUCAGUCUCCUGGGAGGGAGUGUGAAGAUGCUUAAAGAGCGACCGGGGAUGGCAGAAGACCCUCAGCAGCAAAUGGGUGUUCCUGUGGUGAAACUGGAGAAAGAGUUGCCAUGGGGCAGGGGAAGGGAAGACUCCAGUCCUGAGGCUUUUCGCCUGAGGUUUCGGCAGUUCCGCUACCAGGAGGCAGCUGGACCCCAGGAGGCCCUCAGGGAGCUGCAAGAGCUCUGUCGUCGGUGGCUGCGUCCCGAGCUGCACACCAAGGAGCAGAUCCUGGAGCUGCUAGUGCUGGAGCAGUUCUUGACCAUCCUGCCCCGUGAAUUCUACACCUGGAUUCGGGAGCAUGGCCCGGAGAGUGGCAAGGCCUUGGCAGCCUUGGUGGAGGACUUGACAGAAAGAGCGCUGGAGGCCAAGGCGGUUCCAUGCCAUGUGCAGGGAGAGCAGGAGGAGACAGCACUUUGCAGAGGCACCUGGGAACCAGGUGUCCACCUGGGACCAGUGGAGGUCAAGCCCGAGUGGGGGAUGAUGCCCCACAGAGAAGGAGUUCAAGGCCUAGACCAAGGACCCGAGGAGCAGCUCAGCCAGAACCCUGGAGACGGAACACAGGCCUUCCAGGAGCAGGCAUUGCCUGUUCUUCAGACGGGUCCUGGCCUACCCACCGUGAACACUAGAGACCAGGAGAUGGCAGCUGGAUUCUUUACGUCUGGAUCCCAGGGGUUGGGGCCAUUUAAAGAUAUGGCCCUGGCCUUCCCUGAGGAGGAGUGGAGGCACGUGACCCCAGCCCAGAUAGACUGCUUUGGGGAGUACGUGGAACCACAGGACUGUGGGGUCUCUUCAGGCAUUGGGAGCAAGGAAAAGGAGGCGAAACCCCAGCAGGAAGACCUGAAAGGGGCGCUGGCGGGACUGACAUCCGAGAGGUUUGGGGAGGCUGUUCUCCAGGGCCCUGGGCUCGGAAGGGCCUGUGAGCAGGAGCCUGGUGGCUCUGGGGGCGGCGUGCCUGGGCUUCCUCCACCCCAGCAUGGCGCCAUCCCCCUGCCUGAUGACCUGAAAACCCACAGCUCCUUCUGGAAGCCUUUCCAGUGCCCCGAGUGUGGAAAAGGCUUCAGUCGGAGCUCCAAUCUCGUCAGGCACCAACGAACCCAUGAGGAGGAGAAAUCCUACGGCUGCGUGGAGUGUGGGAAAGGCUUUACCCUGCGAGAGUACCUGAUGAAGCAUCAGAGAACCCAUCUGGGAAAGAGACCCUACGUGUGCAGCGAGUGCUGGAAGACCUUUAGCCAGAGACACCACCUGGAGGUGCACCAGCGUAGUCACACGGGCGAGAAGCCCUACAAGUGUGGAGACUGCUGGAAGAGCUUCAGCCGCAGGCAGCACCUGCAGGUGCACCGGAGGACUCACACCGGGGAGAAGCCCUAUACCUGCGAGUGCGGCAAGAGCUUCAGCAGGAAUGCCAACCUGGCCGUGCACCGUCGUGCCCACACCGGGGAGAAGCCCUAUGGCUGCCAGGUUUGCGGGAAGCGGUUCAGCAAAGGGGAGCGACUGGUGCGACACCAGAGGAUCCACACGGGAGAGAAGCCCUACCACUGCCCUGCCUGUGGACGCAGCUUCAACCAGAGGUCCAUCCUCAACCGGCACCAGAAGACCCAGCACCGCCGGGAGCCCCCGGUGCAGUGAGGGCCACAUGGCGGGCAGCCUUGUGGAGGGUCCCCUCAUCUUCCUCACUGCAGGGCCCUGCGGGGUGUGGGUUGAUGGCUGCAGAGGACACUUGACCUGUCGCCUUUCUUCCCAUUUUCAAAUGUGGGAAAAGGACAAGGUCUUGUUUACUUAGAGCUUCCAGAGAGCACAGCUGCUCUGUCUCUUACCCAGGUGGUGCUACAAGUUUUCUGACCAUCUUCUAGGGAAAGGGUCUCCUGACAUUUAGUCCAGGCUGAGAUUUUCUCCCUCAGUGGGUGUCAUACCCACCUGUUGAACAAGGCCAAGUAAAGGCAGAACUUGGUCACA